AUGUCCUCGCUUCUAGUGGCCCGUUUCGACCCUAGCCUAACUUACCUAGCGCUGGCCGUGCAGGCCUUGGACGUUCAUCAGGUCAAAGUCCAGAGUCUUGUUUCCUCCCAGGAUAUGGUCAACACUUCCUUGAGUCUAGGCAAGAACCAGAAGAUCUCAUCCUUACUGUGGGUUCUGCCAGACCAGACCUCGCUUAUUGCAUUGGGAUUGACAAGCGGCAGCAUUUUGCUCUACUCGCCGUUGCUGAAUUCUAUUGUGACGGAAUUGGAGCAUCCCUCGAGUCUCCAGGUCACAGACUUCCACUACUCAUCGGCAUCAAAAUCAGCAUGGUCUACGGAUAUCGGCGGAAACAUAUAUGAAUGGGACUUGCAGAGCCACCAGUUGGUGCUGAGCAUGGCGCUUUUUGACUUGAUAGAGUUGUCCGAGUCCGUCUCCAAGAUUCUGUCUGUGAAAUACAACGGCAAGGCUCAUCUCCUUGUGGGUACUCAAAACGUCUAUCUCGUUGACCCCUCUACCAAAUCGGUGGUCAAGACAUUCCAUGCCCACGUGCUGCCCAUCCACACACUUUUACCAGUUCCCGGCUCCAAAGACCUCUUCCUCACAGCAGCUGAGGGCGACCGUUUCGUGAAUAUCUAUUCCUUCCAUAGUGCGCCAGCCAAGGCCGUGCUUGUGGCCGAGGCAGCUAUUGAGCAUGUUGCUGUGAACCAGCACGACACUGUGGGCUCCAUUUUGACGGCUGUGACCGAGAACGGCGCCGUUGAGGUUUUCCAAAACCCACUCACAUUCGAAAGCAAUGCUCUGGCGACUCCAGAAAAGUCCAAGAAGAAGAGAAAACACACCAAGGCCGUUCUGAGCAAGAGCUCCGAGGCGACCCUCAAAUUCGGUCGUCCUGCUGAUGAAAUCACCAGUCCUGACGACGAAAGCUUACAUAUCAACGCUGUUGCUCUUUCCAGCGGUGUUUUGCAUGUUACCUGGCUCGAAAACGCUUCUGUUUCGUACUUCGACGCCUUGCCUUGGUUCACGGAUGCCGGAUUCGCUUUCAGCGGCACUCAAAAGAUUGAAAAGUCAAAGCAGAAGAUCAGAGCUACUUCUCAUACAGCUGAUGGCCACGAUGUGGCAGCACCUAAGCUUUACCAGGAGUCACACACGGUCAUCACUGAAGGUAAUGCUUUCCAGGAUGACGUGGAUGAGGAGGAAAACGACGAAACGUUGGAGGAGAAAAUCAAUAAGCUCAGUGAGCAGCUGAGACAGGCAGAAAGCAGAGGAAAGAAAAAGCUCAAACGUCACACACCCGGCUCGUUAGCUGUUGUUCUUUCCCAGGCAUUGAAAAACAACGACAGCUCGUUGCUUGACAACGCUGUUCUCAUAAACAAGGAUCCCGAGAUUGUGAGAAACACCAUCGCCAGAUUGGACCCAUCUCUCGUGGUGGUUCUUCUAGACAGACUCGCAGAAAGAAUCACGAGGAAGCAGUCGCGUCUGGAAGGCUUAUAUUUCUGGAUCAAGUGGGUCAUUGUCAUCCACGGCAGCGUGCUUUCUUCCAUACCCAACAUCAGCAACAAGUUGUCCAGUUUGCACUCUAUCUUGACCAAAAAGGCCGACACGUUACCCCGUUUGCUCGAGUUGCAAGGCAGACUCAAUCUCUUACAAUCCCAAAACAGCUUGAAGAAGGAGAUCUUGAAUGGCUCGUUGGUGAACGACGAAGAUGGAGAGCAAGAGGUGGAGUAUGUGGAGGAGCUUGACGAUGCAGAGCACGCUGGGCUCAUCAGUGACGACGAGGACGACGACAUAGACAUGGAUGGCGUGGACGACUACGAAAACAGUGAAGACGAGAUGGAGGCUGGCAUGAGCGACGAGGCCUAA